AUGGGGGUCGUCGUCCCUGCUGCAGCUGCUGAUGGCGGUAGCCGUGGCUGCACCAGGUCCGCGGCCGUCGUCACUACUGCCGCAGCGGCCGCCUUGGCCUUGCUGCAGCUGUGCAGCUGCGGCGUGGCGGCGGCGGCCGGAUCCAAAGAAGGUGGCGGCGCCAGAUACAAGGACCCGACGCGGCCGCUGAACGCGCGGAUCGACGACCUGCUGGGGCGGAUGACGCUCGCCGAGAAGAUCGGGCAGAUGUCGCAGAUCGAGCGCGAGAAGGCCACGCCCGACGUCAUCAACAAGUACUUCAUAGGGAGCGUGCUGAGCGGCGGAGGCAGCGUGCCGGCGGCGAACGCGCCGCCGGAGGCGUGGGUGAAGAUGGUGAACGACAUGCAAGGCGGCGCCCUGUCGACGCGCCUCGGGAUCCCCAUGCUCUACGGCAUCGACGCCGUCCACGGCCAUGGCAGCGUCUACAAGGCCACCAUCUUCCCCCACAACAUCGGCCUCGGAUGCACCAGGGACCCUGAGCUAGUAAAGAGGAUAGGAGCAGCAGUUGCACUAGAGGUCAGGGCCACCGGAAUCCCCUACAUCUUUGCUCCAUGCGUUGCGGUUUGCAGAGACCCUCGUUGGGGCCGGUGCUACGAGAGCUUCAGCGAGCACCCUGAGCUCGUGCAGAACAUGACCUCCAUCAUCUCGGGCUUCCAGGGUGAGAUCCCGGCGGGCGGCCGCAAGGGCGUGCCGUUCGUCGCCUCCGGCGGGCGGCGGAACGUGGCGGCGUGCGCCAAGCACUACGUCGGCGACGGCGGCACGGCCGGCGGCAUCAACGCGAACGACACGGUCGCCACCUUUCACGAGCUGCUCAGCCUUCACAUGCCGCCCUACUACAACGCUGUUAUCCGGGGGGUCGCCACGGUCAUGGUCUCCUACUCCAGUUUUAACGGGGUCAAGAUGCACGCCAACCAUUUCCUCGUCACUGACUUCCUCAAGAAACGGCUCCGGUUCAGGGGUUUUGUGAUCUCGGACUACCAAGGACUUGAUUUCAUCACGACCCCUGAACACGCUGACUACCUUCUCUCCAUCAAGCUAGGGAUCCUUGCUGGCAUUGACAUGGUCAUGAUCCCGUUCAACUACACGGAGUUCAUCGACGACCUGACACUGCUGGUGCAGAACGGCACAAUCCCAAUGAGCCGCAUCGACGACGCCGUCCGCCGGAUCCUCCGCGUCAAGUUCACCAUGGGCCUCUUCGAGAACCCCUACGCCGACACGAGCCUUGCCGGCGAGCUCGGGAAGCAGGAGCACCGUGACCUGGCGCGCGAGGCCGUGCGCAAGUCCCUUGUCCUUCUCAAGAACGGCAAGCCCGGCGACAAGCCGCUCUUGCCGCUGCCCAAGAAGGCCUACGGCGGUAGCAUCCUGGUCGCCGGAAGCCACGCCGACGACCUCGGCAGCCAGUGCGGCGGCUGGACCAUCACCUGGCAGGGCUCCACCGGUAACAACAACCUCACCGCCGGGACGACCAUCCUCGAUGGAAUCAAGCGCGCCAUCGAGCCCGCCGGCACCGACGUCGUCUACGCCGGGAACCCCGACGCCGAUUUCGUCCAGCGGAACAAGGCCCGGUUCUACUACGCCAUCGUCGUCGUCGGCGAGCCGCCGUACGCCGAGACGUUCGGCGAUAACUCGAACCUGACCAUCCCGGCGCCCGGGCCCGACGUCAUCCGGAACGUGUGCGGCAGCAUCAGGUGCGUCGUCGUCAUCGUGUCCGGGCGGCAGCUGGUGGUGGAGCCGUAUUUGGACGCCAUCGACGCUCUGGUGGCGGCGUGGCUGCCGGGGACGGAGGGGCAGGGCAUCGCCGACGUGCUGUUCGGCGACUACGGGUUCACCGGGAAGCUGUCGAGGACGUGGUUCCGGUCGGUGGAGCAGCUGCCGAUGAACGUCGGCGACGCGCACUACGAUCCCCUGUUUCCAUUUGGGUUCGGUCUCGAGACACAACCGUCGAAAUUUUAGACGGGAGUCUCCAUCUUGGGUAAUGUCCAGGUACAACCUCAACAAUUCACAGAUUGUAGAGCUACUACACCAAAGCAUGGUGCAACUUGCAAGAGUUGUGCUUAGACAGACGCGCUGCACGGCAAGCAAGUGAAGAGAGAUUGGUCCCGUCUUUGUAAAAUCAUUAAGAGGCCUAAUAAACAAUCAAAGUGAGCA